CUUAAGUCAAUGACACUGUAAGCGAAGAAGAAGGUUUGCCCCGAGUCGACUCGCACUAGUCUAGGCUUCCAGGGUUUGGGCAUUGGAAGCAUGCUGAGUAGAGGAUCUUAUGUUUAACUGUGAACGUGCAUUGCUGCAGCUGUCUAAACUGUAGGCGCCGCACACUUUGAAUGUAGAUCCCAACUAAACAGCUUGCUACUGCAGUCCAGCUGAAUCGACACGAUGGGGAUUUUGGAGAAAAUCUCCGAAAUUGAGAGAGAAAUUUCUCGGACCCAGAAAAACAAAGCCACUGAGUACCAUCUAGGCUUGCUGAAAGCCAAGUUAGCCAAAUACAGAUCUCAGCUGCUGGAGCCCUCCAAAUCGGCGGGGGCCAAAGGUGAAGGCUUCGAUGUGAUGAAAUCUGGAGAUGCACGUGUUGCUCUCAUUGGUUUCCCAUCAGUGGGUAAGUCCACUUUCCUCAGCUUGAUGACAUCAACUGCCAGUGAAGCUGCUUCCUAUGAGUUCACCACCCUCACAUGCAUACCAGGUGUCAUUGAGUACAAAGGGGCCAACAUCCAGUUGCUGGAUUUGCCAGGAAUCAUUGAGGGUGCUGCUCAAGGUAAGGGAAGGGGUCGUCAGGUCAUCGCCGUGGCCAGAACGGCAGACGUUGUCAUCAUGAUGCUGGAUGCUACCAAAGGGGAUGUCCAGAGAACGCUUUUAGAAAAAGAGUUGGAGUCGGUGGGCAUUAGACUUAACAGGGAAAAACCCAAUAUAUAUUUCAAGCAAAAGAAAGGCGGAGGCCUGUCCUACAACUCCACAGUACCUCUUACCCACUGUUCGGAAAAGCUUGUUCAGCUCAUUCUUCAUGAAUAUAAAAUCUUUAAUGCCGAAGUCCUCUUCAGGGAGGAUAGCACGCCGGACGAGUUCAUCGAUGUCAUCGCUGGGAACAGAGUUUACAUGCCUUGUCUAUAUGUGUACAAUAAGGUGGAUCAAAUCUCUAUCGAGGAGGUAGAUCGUCUUGCCCGCAGACCUCACAGCGUUGUCAUCAGUUGUGGGAUGAAGCUCAAUCUGGAUUAUCUUCUAGAGACGUUGUGGGAAUACCUGUCUUUGAUUUGCAUUUUUACCAAAAAAAGAGGAGAACGCCCAGACUUUAAUGAUGCCAUCAUCAUGAGAAGAGGAGCAAGUGUAGAACAUGUGUGCCAUAGCAUCCACAGAACCUUAGCGAGCCAGUUCAAGUAUGCUCUGGUUUGGGGAACCAGCACAAAGUACAGUCCUCAAAGGGUGGGCCUGACGCACAUCAUGGAACACGAAGACGUCAUCCAGAUCGUCAAGAAGUAAAAUGAUUAGCAGUCAUUAUGAACACUCUGCUAGAGCUGUCACUGGCAUUAAAAUGAACGGCAAAGGUGUACGUAGCCUUGUUUGUAGUAUAAGUGCACCCCCAAAUCUCUUUAUAUUACUAUUAACAAACAGAUCUGAGUUGUGCAAAAGUUGAUUCAUUUACAGUUUAAUUAAUCCAACAAAAAGAUGCAUUGAAUAAAGAAAGUUCACAUAACUUUAAAACCAAAAUAUUCUUGUUUGUUUCAUCAUUAAACAGCAUAUAUCCUCUGUUAAUAAGUAUAUAUAAAAUUGUCAACUCGACAUUGAUACUCCAAAAUUUUUUUAGCAUAUACAGUUUUCAAUACGGAAAAACACCAAAUUGUUAUAUUUUUGUUUAUAUCGACUGUUAAGAUGCCAUUGAUGAUGAGAAAUGUAUAAUCAUGUGGCUUGUAAAAAACAUAUAAAAACAGUUUAUCACCAGUAGAUGUCAAAUCUUUUUGAAUUAAGAGUGUAUGGAGGUA